GAAAAAGUUGUUUUGAGUACUACAGCUCUACCGUUGCCUUUCUUCUUUCGUUGAUUUUCGUAUACACCUCCUUGUUCCCCAAACAUAGCGGAACUUCAGUUGGAACGCAGCAGCUGCCUCGACAGCAGGAACGAGCAAACACACUUCGCUCUCUCCUCCUCCCUCUUCUUUUUCUUUCUUUUGCUGCUGUAUCUCUUUUCGUUUUUCCCUUUUCUCUCUAUCUCUUUCUUUUCUUCGUUGAAAAUAGUUUUGAUUUGUGGCUCUCGUCUCACAUCGCACGAGGUCACACACGACCCGUUGAAGCCCCCUUUUCUAUUACUCACCGCCUAUCAGCGUCCAGCUGACCCCCUCCUCCCUUGUGUGUGGGUAUGUGUGGAGGUUUUUCAAGACCCGCUUUCCGAGCUCCCUUCGCACUUCUUCUUCCGCACCUCCUUCGUGGCUGAGUCCCACUCCGACCCUUUUUUCCCCGCAGAGAACACGCAUCGAAACGAGGCGAAGGAAUCCGACAAUCCGUGCUGUUUUUGUUUUUCUGCCUUGUAUCUUAUUAUUGUUUAGGGAGAGUUAUCCCUCUCCUUCAUAUACACACACACACACACACAUACAGAGAUACUCACCCAUGCAAGCGAUGGCGUCCAACACGAUUGGAAGCUUCUACUACUUUGCCUACGGCACCUAUGUCGAUCCGGAGGUGAUGAAGCCGGCCCUCGCCGCGGUGUCAGACGGCGCCGUCCCCGUUGUCUUGCACGCCCGGCCCGCCCUUCUACCUGGCUAUCGACUUGUGUGCGACGCUGUCAGUGUGGAGGGCCCGCGGUUCGGACGCCUGAACAUUUGCCCCUACGCCUUAGUGCCGCAAGAGCCCGCCGCCGUACGCGACAAGGGCGCGCACCACACCUCGAGGCACCACGGCAGCCACCGGGACGACUCGCACGAGUGCGUGGCGGCCUUCCGUGACGGCGUGCGUGGCGUGCUCUACGAGCUGCCGGCAAACAUGCGCACCCCGCUGCUGCAGGCCGUCGCACGCGAAGGGUCCUUCAACGUGUACGGCACGCUGACCUGCUUCGAGCUUGACGACGUGCGUCACGGCGGGCAGAACGCGGAUGCUGCCAUGCACGAGGCGCUCGUCAUCGCCGCGCUGGACCUGCCGCUGCUGGAGCGCAAGUACGUCCUGGAAAAGAUGAUGACGCUGCGGUGGAUGGCGCUGCCGGCCCCGCAGGAUGUCACGGCGCCGCCUGGGCUGGCAUCCACCGCUGCCGCCCCCACCGCAGGUGCAGAGGCGCAUAAAGCGAACACCGGCAACGCGACAAGCAACGAGAGCGGCUCGUGCGGUGACAACCGCAGCAGCGGCGCCGCGGUGGUAUUUCGCUGGCCUGGGCUGCACUGGUGUAACUGCAUUAGCUCCCAAUGCGUCGCCCCAAGUCGUGCGUACGUCGCGGCGAUUCAAAAGGCGUACACGGAGUACCUGCUGCUGCAGACCGCCACCGAAGAGGACGCGGAGGGGCAGGAGAAGCACAAGAAGGACGAGGAAAGCGCACACGCCGGCGAGGGCAAUGGGGGGGACUGCGUCUCCUACGGACAGGCCAUUUACCGCCUCGUGUACAUGCGUGCGCGCGACACGGCGAAGGAUCCGCUGGAGGCGAAAACGUGGUAUUUCGCCUACGGGUCCAACCUGUCGUGGGAGCAGGUGUCUCUCCGCAUUGGGCCACCGUACCAGCGUCGGGCGGUGAAGCUGCGCGACUACGUACUCGUGCCCAACAAAACUCCCUUGGAUCAAAUCAAGUACGCGUCGUUUGGCUACUGCAACGUCGAGCCGGUCGAGGUGCGAGAGGAAAAGGUGGCGAAGGGGCUCGUGAAGCACCACAGCACGAUGCCGCCGUACGUGUGUGGGGCGGCCUAUGAGAUCAGCAUGGCGCAGUUGGAGAUGAUGGACGGCUACGAAAGGGGCUACGACAGGGAGUGGCUGCGCUGCACCGACCUGCACGACCCCGACGCCGCGCCGUGGGACUGCUGGACGUACAUUGCACAAGAAACCUCCGAGGAUCUUCUGCCGUCGCGGGAGUACCUCGCACGCGUCCUGGAAGGGGCGGACAUUCUUCCGCUGGAGUACAUUGAGGGGAUCCGCGCAAUCCCAACCAACCCCCUGCGCAGCCCGCGUCAGGAGCGGCGCCUACGGAAAGAACUUUAG